AUGAAUGAGAAGCAAGCAGCUUAUGAGUGGGCACUAGAUACCCUAUUUUCUUGGCUUGGGCAGGCCCCCCAGGCCCCCGAGGCCACUCCCAAGGCAGCUACACAGGUAGCUACACAGGCAGCUAUACAGGCAGCUACGCAGGCUGCCACACAGGCUGUUAAAGUAGCUGUUGAAGUGGCUGUUGAAGAGGCUAUUGAACAGGCGGCUACAGAGGCUGCUAUACAAGCUAUUAAACAGGCUAUUGAACAGGCUGAUACACAGGCUAUUGAACAGACUAAGCUUACCCCCCAGCCCAUAGGCCCCCCUACACCCUACACCUGUUUUAGUUACUGA